AUGUCCACCACCAUCACAACCACCACCACCAAGCCAGCCUGGUACGAAACCAGCGUCACGGCCAUCGACCCCGCUGCGCAGUCAAUGCUUGAGAAUUACAGCGGACUCACACCCGAAGAGAUCAUUCCCCAUGUCUUAGCCCUGCGAGAUGAAGCCUUCCGCAUCUUCCCCUACCCCUGCAUCGGUCAAAUGCGCUUCCUAAGCUGCCACCUCUCCUGCCUCCCCUUCUACCCACAGGUCCUGUCCCGCCUGCGCGCCUCCCCAGACAACGGCUUCCUCGACGCCGGCUGCUGCGUCGGCCAAGAGCUCCGAUACUUAGUCUACGCGGCCUCGAUCCCGCCCUCGCAAUUAUACGGCUUCGAUCUAGAACCCGGGUUCUUCGAGCUCGGGUACAAGCUCUUCCGAGACAAUACCGACUCGUUCCCCGCUACAUUUGUGGGCGCGGAUCUAGGUGUGUCGGACGAGGAGUGGGAGUCGGGCGAGAUUGUGGGGACGAUGAAGGGGAAGAUUGAUGUUGUUUGGGCCGGCUCGUUGCUGCAUUUCUGGGAUUAUGAGGGGCAGGCAUGA